AUGAGCCAAGAGGAAAAAGAAAAUUUGAUAGAGGAAGCGAAAUUUAAUUAUUACUACAAAAAUGGUAAAAGAGGGGAGAAAGACAUUUAUAAUUUCAAUCAAUUACCAAACACUAGUGUUGUUAAAAUAGGACUUCUAAGAAUAGAGGGAAAAAAUUUUUUAUAUGUUAAUACUGAUGAUUCAGAAUUAUUUUUGCCAAAAAAGUUAAUAAAACCUUUAGAAUCAACGAAAGCAAAUAAAAGCGGAAGAAUUGCGGUAAUUACUAGUAACGAUGAUGAAAAAGACUAUAAUUUAGUCUCUUUAUUAGAGCAAUUAGAAGUCUCGAAAAAG